UAAAUCCACUCCACUGGCGCUCACCACUUACACACAAACACACACUGUCCUCCUCAGCAGCAGCUAUCCCGUCCCGACCCGGCCCCUGGAGGAGAGAAAACCCGCCAGCACCAAAGCACCAAGCUCCGCAUCGCAGCACCGUCACUGCUGCCUCUCGCCUGCACGGUAACAUGGUUUGCAGGGCUCGGCUGCUGUAGCCAAGGGCCAUUUAGUCACUCUUGAGUGUGAGUGUGUGUGUGUGUGUGUGUAUGAGUGGAUGUGUGUGCUUUAAAGAAGCAGCUGUACGGAGAUCCAGCAGCACGACACAUCAGGAGCCGAGCAUCCCUGCAUCUCGCCCCGGCUGUCCCGCACCCCGGCCCCGCUGCACCGGAGCAGGGACACGGUCCUCUCCAACAGAGACCCAGCUUUAUCGGGUGGGAAGAGCAGCCUGGCUAGCGCUAUAGUCACCGUUGUUGUUAAGAAAACCAAGAGUCCAGUCCCGCUGCCAUGGGGAAACAGAACAGCAAGCUGCGGCCCGAGAUGCUGCAGGACCUCCGGGAGAACACAGAGUUCUCCGACCACGAGCUGCAGGAGUGGUACAAGGGUUUCUUGAAGGACUGCCCCAGCGGGACCCUGAAUGUCGAAGAGUUCAAGAAAAUCUACGCCAACUUCUUCCCCUACGGUGACGCCUCAAAGUUUGCCGAGCACGUCUUCCGGACAUUCGACACCAAUGCAGACGGGACGAUAGACUUCCGGGAGUUCAUCAUCGCCCUGAGCGUGACGUCGCGGGGCAAGCUGGAGCAGAAGCUGAAGUGGGCCUUCAGCAUGUACGACCUGGACGGAAACGGAUACAUCAGCCGCGACGAGAUGCUGGAGAUUGUACAGGCCAUCUACAAGAUGGUGUCAUCUGUGAUGAAGAUGCCAGAGGACGAGUCAACGCCGGAGAAGAGGACGGAUAAGAUCUUCAGACAAAUGGACCUCAAUAAUGAUGGAAAGUUGUCCCUGGAGGAGUUCAUCAAAGGUGCCAAAAGCGACCCCUCCAUCGUGCGGUUACUCCAAUGCGACCCCAGCUCGGCCUCCCAGUUCUGAACACCCCCCCUCCCGCUGCCCUGCUGCAACCCUUUUUUCCUCCUCACCCCCUCUGUUGCUAUUGAAACACUCAAAUCAAUGCAUGAUGGUUCUCGUCUUUCAUAUCAUUUUUUUUUUUGUGUGUGCAAGAAUGGAGGAGGGAUUUUUAGGAAGAUAAGGAAAAGCCAUCAUUAUCAUUUGACAUCAUCCUCUUUUUUUUGGUUGUAUAUUUGGGAAAGCCGAAUGGACAUGGAUAUGUUAAAUGAGCGGUGGCGUCCGGUAAUGUUCCCGAAUAUCUGUCGGAUUUUCCAGGGAGAGCUUUGUGUGGAUUUUUUUCGCGGAGUGGGGGAUUGCUCCUCCACACAACACACACUUAUGUACAUCAUGUAUAUACUGUACGUCUAUGUAUAUCACCAAAUGAAGUGUAUGGUGCACACUCUAUGGCAUUGAAGCAGUAUUAUGUAGCGUAAAUUCCUGGUGUGAUUUGAAUGGGGGUGGGGGGGGGGGGGUUAUUGGGAUUUUACUGCUAUAUGAUCUUUCGCUGAGAAAAAGAAGGCCUAAGAUCCCAUUAGCUUUUUAUUGUCAUCGAUAUCUACUGGCAUUUUGUUGAUUUUUAAAUUGUUUGUACAUAUUGUUUUUCCUCCGUCAUGCGGUUUUAUUUAUUCAUUUUUAUUCUUCUUAUUAUUGUACUUUGAUAUGUUCCAGUUUACGGUGACACAGAGAGUUCAGACGGAUCUCUUUGUUGGUUUGUUAACGUGGAAGAAUAUAUAUUUAAAAAACUCCAUAAUGCAUUUGAUCAAUCACCAGUAGCACAUAUCGUCUCAGCCUCCAUGUGUUUAUGAAGUAAGGCUGUGUCUGAAUGUGUGCACGUGGACAUGCAAUGAGGCUUUACAGUAUUAUCACGUUGUGUUGUUUCUUAUAAGUAUUCUUUAACACAAGCAGUACAUUUGAGAUAGUCGUUAACCUGUCACACUAUACUGCAUGAUCCUAUGAACUGACAAAAAUCCACAAAAAAAAAGUUAACGCACAGCAGUAUCUUUUUGUAGCUCUGCAGCCUCCUCAGCACUGUACCAGGCAGAAAUGAUUGAGUAUUUGUCUUGCUUUUGGGACAUACCCUCCUCCCUUCCUCCUCCCCCCCUUUUCCCUGUCCCUCUGACACACAGAGAACUCACUAAGGGCUCGUUCAUCACUCUCCAGCUGAAUGCUUUUAUAACCUCCUGGAUUAGUCUGCUUACAGAGCAGUUACAUGAAGGGUCAUGUUUCCCCAGAUACUUGUUCUGAAUAUUUCCAAACACGUGAGACUGGAAUAAGUGGUUGUGUUUACAUACGCACUGAUAUAAAACCUUACUUCAUAUUUGGAGCAGCAAGAAACGCGUUGAAACACGACAGCAAAAUGCACCUGCGACGUAUCCUCGUACACCGGUUCCUAUAACCCCUUUUCCACUGAAAAUCAGAUGGUUCUAGUUGCUAGCUGGUUCUAGUUUGGUUUGCAGCUACUUAUACAUGCAAACCAGUUUGUUACACGGUGGAAAUAAACUGGUUUGCAAAUGGGCAACGACACCAAAACCAUUCUUAGAUCCGUUUUGGUUAACGAAAAGUUAUUCCUCAUGAAAAUCAAACCAAACUGUUUCAUUUCCGCUCUAAAUAAACUGCUGUCUUGCAGGAAAACAACUUGGUUAGGUUCAGGAAACAAAGAGACCUGAUGAAGUUUAGGAAAAGAACAUGAUUUUGGUUAAAUAAUCUACGAAAAGGGCAAAAUUACCACGAAACCUCGGUUUUUACACGUGGAAAAGAGCCAUCCCCUAUAGGUGUAACUUCGAUGCAUACGGUACAAACGUAUUUUGUGGGAUGUGGAUUAUAGUGCGCAUGAGAACAGCCUGCAUCAAUGUGGUCUCUCCAAUUUAACUGAAAAGACUUCAAUCUAUGAUAUCACAGAUUUAAAAUGCGCUUCAGACUCACCGUGCAUUCUGUAAACACAGCCACUGGUUGCAGGAAUAGCAGCACCACCAUGUACCGAGUGGAGCAAUUUAAAGCCUCCAAUGUCAGAUCACCAUUUAUAUCUACUGUUUGGAAGUUGGACAUAUUCUGUUUGUGAAGAAGCUAAAUGUUGGGCAGACUGAGAAAACGCUGUAAAAAUGCAUCAUUCUUUGAAAGAGACCUUCAGGCUCUCUACUUUUAUAGGCUGCUAUAGAUAAAGGUAUACAAUGUAUGUGUGUUUUUGAGAUUAAAGAAGUGAUUUACUGGACUUAAGUGCAAUACUAACAUACUUUACUGGAGUACUUUCAUUUUAUACAACUUUACUUUAGUGAAAUAUAUAGUAACAUAAUUGAUAAACACUUUUAUUUACCUGACAACUGGAUUUCCUUUUUCAGAUUUAAGUUUGGUUAAUCACCUUUGAAUUUAGAUUUAAGUAAGACUUCAUCAGUUAUUGUUAUAAUAGUAGAAAGGUGAAAGAAGAGCCUGAUUAAAAUCACAUUUUAGGGUUCUUGUUUUGCAGACAGACUCAAUAAUUUGUGAUUUGGUAGCGUUUCCUAUCUGUGAUGUAAUUAUAUGUUUGUCUUGGCCUUUUUAAAUGUAAGAUAAAGUUCUCCUGUAAGUUUUAGAGACAAUUUAAGAGUGUUUAUUAAAUAUUACAAGGAUAAAAUCAUUAACUGCAAUUAUUUUUGGCCAGGACAAUCGUGACAUGACAUUCAUAUCUUCCUAUGACUUAUUGUUAUGCAUUAAACUUUUUAAAAAAGUAAUUGAGCUCCAACUUUAAGUGCUUCAAUAGUCUUUUGUUAGAAAAUCCUCUCGAUAAUGUCACCACUGAAAGGCUUCACUGAAACCAGACUAAUGCAAUUAUUUCAGGUAGUUGAGCAUUUCUAUUUCUAAGUGCUUUAGACAGGCUUCACUUCACUGAUUAUAGAAAAUAUAAAACCCAGCAUCAAAUGAUUUCUCUGUCUACCAUGUGAGGUAAAAAAAGGUACGACAAUUCAUACCAGACUGAACUGGCAAAAGUGAGUUUCUAAAUGUGUAUUGCCCAACAUUUCACUACUUCACAAAUUGAAUUCCUGCGUGCAGCGGGGCGGGGCGGGUCAUGGCAAACUCCCUGCAUGCACCUGACAUUAGGAUGGGAGUGUAACUUGAACCAUUUGCACAGGAGCUUCCUAACCUCUGCUUUUGGGGAUCAUAUAGUGUCACUGCCUCCUGCUGGUAGGAAAAGGAACAACAGUUGCCACCCCCUGAUCUAUACCACAGUUUAACCCUUUUCUAUUCUCACUGCCUCUGAUGAAUUGGUACCUUGUGUUGGAUAAAUGCACCCCUCUUUCUUUCUUUCUUUCUUUCUUUCUUCCCCUCCUUCCUAACCUCCCUUUACUCCCUUCCAAUUUUUCUGUUGCAUGAAAACCUCACGUGAGGAUGUCAUGUUUGUUCAGUUGGACCUGAAAUAUACCUAUGUGUUUCAAAGCUGCUCGUGUGGACUGUGUCCUUAUUUCUGGGUAUUUGGGAACGCAUCGAAGGGAUAUUUCUGGGUUUUUUGAAGUGGGGUUGUACAGUAGAUGGCAGUCAGCAUGCCCACAGUUCCAAUAAACAGAAAGAAGUACAAGCAUGGAAGCUAGGCAAUGUACUGCUAUAAAAAAAAAGGAUUUGAGCCUCUUAAAAAAGCCCAACUACAAGGUCAAUACUUUUACUCUGACGUCAAAUUAAGGUGAUGGAAAUAUUGCAAAGAUAACUCAAAUUUAAAGAGGCCCUAGUCUGCUCAUUUUCAGCUUCAUACUUGCAUUGAGUACCUCUCCUGGGACAUGUCUCCAUGCUUUAAUUUUCAAAAAGCUCUUUAUUUCUCUCAUACUGUGCUGCAGCAUCUCUUUUCACCCUCUGUCUGAAACCAGAGCCUAGUCUGCUCUGAUUGAUUAGCUGGCCGGCUCUUUUGUGAUUGGUCGACCAGCUUAGAGAUGUCCCGCCCUUUAACCUAUCACCUACAAUGUGUUGGAGCGCUAGCCAAUACAAGCGCAAGUGUUCCAUAUAGUGAUGUCACUAUGUUAAGGAGGUAAACAAAGGAGUCCAAUUGAGGCUCUCAGGCAGAGGGGGGGAGUCUUGGGAGAGAAACGCUGGGAUUGGGAUUUUAGCCUUUGCACAAAAACCUAUAUAAACACGAUACAUGUAAUAAGUAAUAGGGCCAAUCAGAGUCACAUACCAAUCAGAGGUUCAGUGAUUUCAUACCCAGUCCUUGCUGUCAACAUGUUUGUGUGCAAUAUAAUUGAACCCCUUAUUGCUCGAGUCGUAUAUCUAAAGUAUUUAGUGUUAUUUUAUGUAAACAGCUUCAGCUAAAUAAACUGUACCUCUUUGUUUCA